AUGUCCCUGGGUGAGGCCACAAAGGCACGAGAACACCACAGUUGUACUGUAUUGAGGAUGAAACUUAGAAGAAAGCUUGCAAGUACGCUAAAAGGGAAUACUGAUAUAUGUGUGACGACAAAAAUUUUAUUAGUUAAUAGUUCUUUUGUGGGCUGUGUAGGAGGGACUCUGCCUCUCCCUUGGUCAACCAGGAUGAAAAUAGCGCUGGAUGCUGCAAAGAUUCUUGCUUUUCUUCAUGAGGAAGCAGAACCACAAGUGCUAUAUCGUAAUUUUAAAACUUCCAAGAUCCUGUUAGAUGCCGACUACAAUGUCAAGCUUACUAGUUUCGGAGUUGCAAAAAGUGUUCCCGAGGGAGAUGACACUCACUUCACCAAUGUGAAGGGAACAAUCACCUAUAUUGACCCGGAACACACGACGACUGGGAAGCUUACAGUAAAGAGCGACGUCUAUGGUUUCGGUGCAGUUCUUUUGGAGAUUGUGACCGGAAGAAGAGCCAUUACCGUUAAACAAAACCUUCUUCAAUGGGCUCGGCCACAUCUGGGAGAGGGAACAAGUUUGUACGAAUUGAUGGAUUCAAGGCUUGGAAAUCAAUUCUCAGAAAAAGGUGCCGAGAUUGCUUUGCAGUUGGCCGCUCGCUGCCUUAGCCUAAAUCGAAAAGUUCAUCCCCGAAUGACUGAAGUUGUUGAAGUUUUGAAGACUAUCCCAGAUCUUCCACAUAUGGCAAGUACAUCAAGUAUUCAGAACGAGACAGGGAAGCGCUAGCAGUGGAAUGGCAUCCAAACUCAAACCAUGGUGAAUUAAAGGAAUUCAUGUCUUUCAAUUUCGAAUGGGACCAACGCGUAUCCGUGCCACCACACCAACAAUCUCUGGAAGCCAGUGGUAAACCAUGGCAACGUGUCUAGAAAUAGCCGUCCUUCAACCCCAUUUGUUUCCCUUUCUUCUCUUUCUUUUUUAGUGCAGAAGCUUCGACUUUCAUCUGAACAUUCGCUCAUGAUUACUGAUAUGA